UCAUAAUCGAGGCAUCAAAGCGCACAAUUAGGGUUGGGCCAAAUUAAGCGACCAUAAUUGGAUUUCGACCACGAUUCUAGUAAAGUGAGAUCUUCGAGCUCAACUAUCGCGACGCUUCGACAACCACACCCAACGACCAAAUUCCCCUUUCACCCACCCAACCCCAACAAUACCGCAAAAAUGGCCGGCGGAGUUACCGUUCGCGAUGUCGAUGCGCAGAAGUUCAUCACUGCCUACUCUGCUUUCUUGAAGCGACAGGGCAAGCUUCCCAUCCCCGGUUGGGUCGAUACCGUCAAGACUGGUCCUGCCAAGGAGCUCCCUCCCCAGGACAUUGACUGGUUCUACGUUCGCGCCGCCUCCAUCGCCCGCCACGUCUACCUCCGCAAGACCGUCGGUGUUGGCCGUCUCCGCAAGGUCCACGGCACUGCCAAGAACCGUGGCAGCCGUCCCUCCAAGCACGUCGAUGCCUCCGGCUCCGUCGACCGAAAGGUCAUGCAGGCUCUUGAGAAGAUCGGUGUCCUUGAGCAGGACGAGGACAAGGGUGGCCGCCGCAUCACCCAGGCCGGACAGCGUGAUUUGGACCGAAUUGCCCAGACCACCGCUGAGGCCGAGGAGGAGGAGGAUGACGAGUAAACAAAAACUGGCGGUUUCCGGUCAAAGUCAAAGGUAGCAAUGGCAAUGGAAUUGGGCGUUGGGUCAUAGAUUUUGUCAUGUAUGAAUGAGAUUCCCCCGACACUGGGUCAUUCGGUUUGGUCAAAUUGGACCCGUCCAACUUGUCGUUCA